CGCGGCGGCUUCCGGCGGCGAUCCGGCCAUGAGGUUGACGGCGGCGCUCGGCAUCUCCCACGGGCGGCUGCGGCGGCGGAUCGGGCUCGGGCCGCGCUCGCGCCUCGACCUGCUGCGGAAUCUCGUGACGAAACUGGUGCGCCACGAGAGGAUCGAGACCACGCGCGUCCGCGCCGACGAGAUGCGCUUCUACGCCGAGCACUUGAUCGAACACGCCAAGCGCGGCGACGCGGACCCGCAGGCCAUGCGCCUGGCCGACUUCUGGCUGACGGAGAAGGACCUGAUACACAAGCUCUUCCAAGUGCUGGCGCCCCGCUUCGCUCCCCACCAGGGCGGCUACACGCGGAUGGUGCGGAUCCCCAAGAACGACAACCUGGACCGGGCCGAGAGGGCGGUGAUCGAGUACAAGGGCAACCCGCUGCCGCCGCUGCCGCUGCCCCGCCGGGACGGCGAGAAGACGCUGGUCAACCAGCUGCUGAAGGGCUACCGGGAGGAGCGGGGCACGGCCGUGUGACGGAGGCCCGAGAGCCGCCGCCUCCUCCACCCACCCAACCCCGGUCAAUAAAGGCCUCUCUCGGGGCGUCCUGCUUGUUGUCUGGGGCGGGAGAGGGGGAGAGGAGAGGAAGAGGAGGCAGCGCUUCUCUCCCAGCAACUGAGCCUGGAGAGGCCAGGGGUGGAAGUCUUUGCUAAGAACAGUGGUUCUACACACAUGCCACCUCUCCAUUAUAUGGGUAUCCAUUGUGAGAACCAGAAUUUUUUUCCUUCACUACUGUAGAAAGUUAGCACCCACCCCUCUCCUAGAGGAAUGAAAUAUUUUGAGAAAUAUUAAAAAGGCAGAAUAUUAUAUUUCCCUGGAUGAGUAAUGUAGAAACAUGCUCUUGGAAAGCAGGCCCCACCAUCCUUAAAUAGCCCACAGCACUUAAGAGAUAAAGAGAUAGGUAGCAGUUCCCUGCAUCAGGGUCUGAACAAAGGUAGGAUUAGCCCUUGGACACAAUAGGAAUUGGCCAACAAGCCCCUUCAUUGUGUCAGCCAAACUUCAACCAAGUUUAGCUCAGACAAACUCCUGGGAUUUAUACAUAGAAGGCAAUAGAAUACAUGUUCUUGCACAGGAAAAGGAAAUUCCAGUGCAAAGCCCAAGAGAAGGUAUAAAAACCCCUCACUCUGUACUGCAUGUGGUCAGGUGGUCAGAAUAACAUGUGCUUGGUGGUUGUGCUUCAUCAAUAAGUAGACCCCCUUUUCAAUCAGCCUCCAGCCUUCGUUUUGUCUCCAGUGCCUUUCUCCCAGCUUGGAACUGAACCAGAUGGAUAUUUCUUCCAACACGAGAGUAUUGAUGUCUUUGUGGAGGGUUCCUUUCUCCUCUGUGCAUCACAUAUUUCAAUUAAGUUAUUUGCCUCUUGGUUAAGUGUUAUUGUGACCAAAGCCUGGCUCUCCUAAAAGAAUAACUUGGAAGAUACAAGGUGUUUAUUAAGCAAACAAAUAGCUACACUCAGCUCUAAGCUUGCUGAGCAGUCCUGACGAAAAGCAGAGUCACAGUAUAUAUCUUUUGGUAUGAUACGUUACAAAGGUAAGCCAAAGGCAGACGCUAAAUUACAGCAUGAUGUUGGAAUGAUUUUGAUAAACCCACCUGGAUGAUUUUAUUUUCCUGCUAUGGCCAGGGAAUAUAAGCAAUUCAGUUUAUUGGGCCAUCUAUUCCUGAUUUUCCUCCUGGUGCCAUUCAGGGUCAAUUCAGCCAGUUGUGAAUGCUUUAAUACAGGGGUGUCAAACUUGCAGUGUCACAUGAUGAAUCGGGACUUUUCCCCACUUUGCUAAACAAGGUAUGGGCCUAGCUAGCCUGUGAUGCCUUCAGCCCACAGGCUGGGAGUUUGACAGCCCUGCUUUAAUACAAGGUGCUUUAAGCAGUUCAGGUGUGUUUGGAGUGGAGUGGGGUUUCACGUGUGGCAAUGAAUGCUUUGUGCGGGCUGCCUUUUGCCACCUUUUAAGGUCCUUCUCAAGCUCUUCAUAAUCACUUCAGUGUUUCACAAUCAGAAUAGCUUUUUCCUUAAGACAAAAAACACCUGUCCUAACACUUCUGAUUUCUAUUCUUUGCUUUCUGUUUUUAAAUGAGUUAAUUCAUAAAAGGACUGGUCAUCUUAUCUCACUAUCAUGAAGUUUAGAAGAGCCUUUGAUGAGGACUUGGUCAAAGGGUUUUCGAGAGUCAUGUCACAUUGGUUACCCUUACCAGACCCUCUGGUACUGUUGUUUGAAGAACAAGGUGUGAAUUUUUCCUAGGUCAUCUGUUUCUCAUUAAACAAUUUUUCUUGGAUGCCAUCAAACUUGGUAAUUCAUACCUUUGGUACUUUGUCACCUCUCUGAUAAAGUCAAU